CCAAACCUCACUAAGCUGUAAAUAAGACCCAAACAUUGCAUACAGGCUUCACUAUAGUCAUCUGUUGAAGAGAUGGGGAAAAGUGGCCUUUCCUCUCCCCUGUUAUGUUCAGGGCAUAUCAGUCAUUGCAGCUCUUUGCUGCUGAUAAAUCUUCUAGCUGGGGGUGUUAUGCCAGAGUAAGGAGGUAGGGUCCCUAGACUUGGGAAUCUUCCUGUUUCUGCGACAGCUUGCCUUCAUGGGGUUUGUUCUCCAGAUUUUGGUAAAAACCACUCUCCCAUGAUGCACACUAUUUUUCUGCCUGUGGAUAUGUAUGCCAACAAUAUGUGUGCGUUGGCAUAUCUCUGAUGCUAACCAAGCCAUGCUAAGCACCUGACAGUAUUGUCACUCUAGAGACCUGCCCUAUCUCACGUGCUAUUGUUCCUUCCUGGAAAAAGAUGGCAUAAAUUGGCAAUUGUCCAGUCACACUUUGAUGCUUUUGAUUUUCUACAGAUGUAAAACUGAAUGAGCCCACGACCUUCACGAGAAAUGGAGAUUUGGGAGAAUCAUCUGAGUGCCUCAUUCACACAUAUUCUAGUUCAGAGGCAGCUGCUGGGCAACAAGAUACUCUUCAGCUAUGAACUUGUAACAGAGGAAAGCUUCAAACCUAUUAUUUAACUGUGGGUCCAAUUUGCAGAAAGAUAAUUAAAUAAUUAUAGAGAGGAACAAAAUAUUUUUGCUCAGCUGUGGAAACUUAAGUGGCUGGGUGAGAAGCAGAGGGGAAGCCAGGAGGGUGAGGCCCAGCGAGGUUAUACACAGGUUUGGUUUUUCAGCUGUGGAUAUGCCCUAAGACUGGCCCUCGCUGCCCUAAAGACCAGUCUGAGAGCCUUCACACUGGUCAGAUGAUGGAUGAGUCUGAUGAUGAUUUUAAAGAACUCUGUGCCAGCUUUUUCCGAAGGGUAAAAAAAAAUGGAACUGAAGAAGUAUUUGGAGAAAAGAAAACACGAAAGAUCUCAAGCAAUACUCAGAUAAGAAACAAAUUGAAAAAGGCCAAACAACCUGCUACCAAGAAGACCUUUCAAGACACUGUGAAGAAGAAACCUCCUUCGCACAGCCAGGCUGCUAGGACUGAGCAGGAAGGAGCAAUCAAAUCACAAGGAAGUGAAGCUGCUCUCCCCGUGAAUGGAGAAGAAGGUAUGCUUACUCCUGCUCCAGAGUUUCCUGUGCUCUGGGAAAAAGCACAGAGCAUCCAAACAGAGAGUGCUCCUGAUAGUGACUCCAAGGCUGCCGCAUCCCGUUUAACACCAGCCAGGCCAAGUCCAUCCAGAUGCCAUGCUGCGGAGCUGGUCGUCCAGCGGAUGCAGCAGUUCAAGAGAGUAGACCCUGAGCGUUUGAGUCAUGCUUCCGAAGAGUGCACCCUUAAGGGUGCCCUGGAAGAACAAGGCCCAGAGAAUCCUUCCGAGGAGAUGGCGGCAGGAAACGGGUUCGAGCUUGGCCUCCCUGCCACAGACAGCGACACUGCGGUGGCCUUUGCCCUGCAGCAGGAGAUUGGAAGGGAAGGUGCCUCCACAUGUGAUGAUGGCCUGGAGGAGAAGGGCUUGUUCUUCUGCCAGAUGUGCCACAAGGACCUCUCGACGAUGACCGUGACCCGCAGGGGGCAGCACGUGAACAGGUGCUUGGAUGAGGCUGAAAGGAUACGGAAGUCUUCUGUACCCCAGAUCCCGGAAUGCCCAAUUUGCGGCAAACCAUUCCUCACCUCCAAGAGCCGAGCCAGUCACCUGAAGCAGUGUGCAGUGAGGAUGGAGGUGGGGCCCCAGCUCCUGCUGCAGGCUGUGCGGCUGCAGGCAGCUCAGCCCAGGGAGGGCAGCAGCCCACCUUUCCCCAGCUUCAACUACACUGGAGGUCUGAAACGGAAAAGAGCCACAAACAAGGAGCCACAGAAGAGGCAGAAGGUGAAGCCAGAGCCUUUAUCUGAAGACUUGAUGAUGGCCAUGGCUCUGUCCCGGUCUGAGAUGGAGCAGAGUCCUGCUGUGCCUGCACUCAGACUGGAAAGUGCUUUUUCAGAACAGAUAAGGCUAGGCGCGGAGAAGAAGAGUCGCAAGAAGAGAGUCCUGCUGUCCCCACCACAGCUGUUAGUCCAGGACCCCGAGACCACAGGUAGACAGAUCGAGGAUCGCGUGGCCCAGCUCCUGGCAGAAGAGAUGGAACUGUCCACCACACCACCACUUCCUGCCAGCAGGAUUCUCAAGAAAGAAGAGUUGGAAAAGGCAGGCUGGUACCUGCAGCUCCCUGAAGGGAAGCAGAACUUUCUGUGGGAGGGCAGCGCCCUGACCGGAGCCUUGGCUGCAGAGUCCUUCUACACAGCUGACCUGAUCCCUCUCAUUGUGCCUCAGAAGCCCACUGAGGAGCCUGUACUACCACUGGUGCUAUCUGAGAAAUCACAGCCAAGUGUUCAAAGGCCACCCACCUUCCGAAGCAGUCCCACUGUUGGUCCUGGCUGGCACCGACCACUGUCGGCCAGCCAGAGGGAGCAGCAGGCUCUCCAGGACCUCAUGGACUUGGCAAAGGAGGGGCUAAGCGCCAGCCCCUUACCCAACAGCUCAGAAGAGCUCUCAGGGUUGGAUUUGCUACCCAGCCAACUUCCACUGACUGGGUUUGUCCUGUCUCCCAAGGAGAAGCACCCCGAGAGGAGCAGCCUCGCUUCGCACUCCCUCAGCUUGCUGGUCUCUGACUUUGGCACCAUGGUCAACAACCCACACCUGAGUGAUGUCCAGUUCCAGACAGACAGUGGGGACCUGCUUUAUGCCCACAAGUUUGUUCUGUAUGCCCGAUGUCCACUGCUCAUUCAGUAUGUAAACAGAGAAGGCUUCUCAGCUGUGGAGGAUGGGGAUCCCACUCAGCGUGUCCUGCUGAGCGAUGUGAGGGCCGAAGCAGUCUACGCAUUCCUGCAGUACCUCUAUGCCGCAGACCUCGACCUGCCCUCCCACCUGGCUCCUGACCUGCACUCUCUGGCCAUCAGGUUUGGUGUGAGUGACCUUGCUUAUCUGUGUGAACAACUGCCAGCUGUGACAGACUUGGAGCAUGAACAACAGGAAAAGGAAUAUGAGAAUUGUGAAAGCAGAGCAGAGACUUUCCAAGAACUCUUGAGGUCAGUAUGGGGAGAUGAAGAAGAGGAAGCAGAGACUUUGGUGAAAUUUGAGGGCCAUGAAGAAGACAGAGAAAAAGUAAAUGAAGCAGAAAUGGAAGAAAUUUAUGAAUUUGCAGCGACUCAAAGGAAGUUGCUUCAAGAGGAAAAAGCAACAGACCAAGACAAGGACAUUGACCUGCUCAGGGAGGACAGUCCAGGUGCUGAGCCUUCCCAGCCAGGAGUCGAGGGGAACGAAAAGUUGGAGAAGGCAGAACAAAUGGAGUCAGCUUGGCCAGAAAAAGAUGAGACUCCAGCCAGCUUGGAAAAUUCACAACAUUCCCUUCAGCUCCAGGACCAGUGCUCAGACAGGACAGAGAAAGCAGAGACUCAUGAGCAAGAGGCCCCACAGGAGACGCCUGGGCACCGCAGCUCCUGCAGCCCUUCAGCAGGCUGCCAGGAAGGGAGUAAAGAUGGCUCGCUCUCGCUCCCAAUCACAGUCCAUGAUUAUGAGCAGCUCCCUGCAUCAACUCACGAUGAAUUCUUUGAACUGUUCCAAACAACAAGCAGUCACAAUGAGCACAAUGACACUGUUGGGGAGUCAGAGACAGAGACAGUCUGUCCCCCAACCCCUCAGCAACAGUCCCCUGGAAGUAGACGUCCUAGCCAGUCACAGCCUCACCUUCGCCACACAAGCAACUCGUCCCUGUCCCUGUCAACGCCCCACUCAUGCAGUGGUGUUUCCAAGAUGGCUUCCCCAAGGUCACCAUGUCCAGGGAAACUGGCAAAGCGCAAGAGGGACAGUAGCUAUCUCACAUUACUGAAGGAGCCAGGCCAGCAGAGAAGCAAAAGACGGAGUUCCACAUUGAAAGGCAAAAAUAAGAGCAUUCAGAUUUCCCCCAAAAAUUCUCAACCCAUUGAUCUGACCCAGUCAAAAUCUGACCGCUUGAGUUCCAGGUCCCAGAAUCCUUCAUCCCACGUGAACAAAGAGGAUGAAGUCAUCCUUUUACUGGAUUCAGAUGAAGAGCUAGAGCUAGAACACACUAAAGCGAAGUCAGUUUCUAAUGAUCCCCCUGGAAGAAAUGUCCUAGACACCAGCCUCAAGUCCUCUGAGUUAUUUUCAGUCAUAGAUGUGGACGCAGAUCAGGAAAACUCUCCAAGCCCACGGAGAAGAGAAGUUAGGCUGCAGCCAGAGGAAGGGGAGAGGCAACUGGAGAGUCAGGUCCCGGUGGGCAGCAGAGGGACACCUGAGCUGUUCUGUGACCAGGAGAGUAGCCCUGAGGAGGAUAACACCACAGAUAACUCAUGGAUGGUACCUGCCACCCCCUUGGCCAACAGGAGCCGUGACUGCUCAUCACAGACCCGAAUCACAAGCCUCAGGAUGAGGACCCCAGUGGACAAGAAGGCUCAGCACCUGCCCGAGGCCUCCACAGAAUGUAGGGCUGAGAUGGAAACAACACAGAAGUUCUCGGUAAUCAUGCCACAUAUGUCACCUGUCACCUGCCCAUACCCCAGGCGCCACAGGCUCUCUUUGCUGGCACCAAGUCCUGUCUCAAGAGGCUGCCCUGAUUUCACUAGGCAAUACCAGAAAUGCUCUCCACAGCGGCUGGGUCUGCCAAAUGAGAUUGCUGUGAGCGAAGUGGUGGAAGUUGGAGACAGCGAAGAUGAGGAGGAGGAGGCCACCUCCCAUCGGGCAAACAGCAGCCCCCUGCUAGACAGUGACCCCCCAAUUCCAGUGGAUAACUGCUCUUGGCAUGCUGAGCCUCUUUCACCAAUUCCAAUUGACCACUUGAACCUGGAGCGAACCGGCCCUCUGAGCACCAGCAGUCCCAGAAGUAGGACCCAGGAGGCCCUGGACAAUGGUGGCUGCUACUCCCCAGGACUGCCAGAUACCACCCUAAACCAGGGAAGCUUCACUGCCCAGGGAGAGCUUCCAGAGCGGUCCCCACGGGCCAGCACCCCAGGAGGAAGCAACCGUCUGAGCUUUCUGAACCCAGCUUUGUGGGAAGACUGGGAUGAGGAAGAGGAGAUCUCUCCAGAGGCUCCUUUUGGAGCCCAGACACCACAUGCCCAAACUCAGAAACGAGCAAGGCCAGAGACACCAAGAGGUGCUAAUCAGAAGAAUCUGCCCCCCAAAGUGCCUAUAACUCCAAUGCCAAGAUACUCCAUCAUGGAGACCCCAGUGCUGAAGAAAGAAUUGGACAGGUUUGGAGUCCGCCCAUUGCCCAAACGCCAGAUGGUUCUAAAACUAAAAGAGAUUUUUCAGUAUACACACCAGACCCUGGAGUCAGAAUCUGAGGAUGAAAUCCCACCCUCACAGGUGCCCCCCGAGGUGCCUUCCAGCCAGACCCUCACGACUGAGACUGACAAGCCUUUGAGCACCAGAGGCCAUACCCAGCUCAAAGCAUCUCUGAGUCCUGGGACCCAAAGGUCCAAGGGGCCUAUGAAGACCAAGAGCCCCCGGCAUUGUGUGCUGCCGCCCAGCGAAAGCAUCACACUUCCGAGCAGGUCACCAGCUGGCCGGCCACCCCUAGGCUCUCCAGGUCCUGAUGGUGACACCCAGUUCCUAGGCUCCCAGGAGUCAGUGGCCACCUCUGUGGACAGCAGCGACAGCUCCUUUAGCUCACAAAGUUCUUCCUGCGAGUUUGGAGCUCCCCUGGAGUCUGCAGGGGAAGGGGAGGAGGUGAGCGCUUCGCAGGCAGCCAUCCAGACAGCAGACAUGGAGGAGACACUGAGAUGCUAUGUCCGCUCUAAGCCGGCACUGUACCAGAAGGUGCUGAUGUACCAGCCCCUCGAGCUGUCGGAGCUACAGGCUGAGUUGAAGCGGGAUGGCAUCCAUGUGGCCACAGCAAAGCUGCUGGACAUCCUGGACACCCAGUGCAUCACCUUCACCACUGCUGCAUCACGGAAGGAGAAGCUCAAGAGGAGGGGGCAGCAGCGCCUGGGCAGGAAGAGAAAGGAGCGGAAUUAACCAGCCCCCACCCUCCCCACUCUGCUCUGCUCCACUCCACAGGACGUCUGUGUGAGAGCCUUGGAGCCCAUGGGGGGCAGGAUCCACAGGCAUGUCACGCUGGAACAUCAGCCUGUGCCUGAACAAUGGACAUGCCUGCACCCCUGCCUCUGCUCUCCACCAGCUGGGCCAUGUUGCCCACUGCUUUUAGGAUCUGACCCUUCCUCGGUCAACACAGUUUGUCUCCCUCUAGCACAGUAGAGCCCCCUCAACCCCCGCCAUGUGUUCAUGAGGCCUUGGCUGUUCCCCAUCUGUCAGUGGGGUGCUAGGCCCCAAGCACAACUGCCCCAGAGUACACUGAGGUAGGCAUCAGAUCUGCUAUCUGCCUGCCUCCCCAGUGCUCAGGCUAAUCCCAGCCGCCACCAGCAGACCAGGCAUGCACGCGUCCCACCCCACACCCAGGUGUUACUCCCAGACACCUGUCAUCACCAGCAGUCUCCAGAUGAGCCAGGGGACAAGGGCUCAAGUCUGAAGCCCCUAAAACAGACAUGGUGUGUGGUAGCGGGUUCCAUUCACAUGUGUCAAAGCUGCCUCAACCAGCAGCAGUGUGGAACACACAGGGAACGUUGGGCCUCCACAGCCUGCAAAUGACCUCGUCAUCGUAAACACAGUGCAGUUGGUUUUUUUUAUGAUGUGCAAUAAAAUGAAGGCUUCAUAGAAAUGUUCCAGUAAAAUUGUAGUGAUGCAGGCCACAAGUUCAGUGGCUGCUGAU